CGCGGGGCGGGGACGCGGCGUCGCCGUCGCCCGCGGGUCCCGUGACCGUGCGCCCCGCCCGGAGCCGCCGCGGUCAUGCAGUCCCCGGCAGUGCUCGUCACCUCUAGGCGAGUUCAGAAUGUGCACACGGGCCUCGACCUGACAGUGCCGCAGCACCAGGAGGUGCGGGGCAAAAUGCUGUCCGGCCACGUGGAGUACCAGAUCCUGGUGGUCACCCGGCUGGCCGCGUUCAAGUCGGCCAAGCACAGGCCCGAGGAUGUCGUCCAGUUCUUGGUCUCCAAAAAGUAUAGUGAGAUCGAGGAGUUCUACCAGAAACUGAGCAACCGUUACCCCACGGCCAGCCUUCCCCCACUCCCCAGGAAGGUCCUGUUCGUUGGGGAGUCCGACAUCCGGGAAAGAAGAGCGGUGUUCAAUGAGAUUCUGCGCUGUGUCUCGAAGGAUGCCGACUUGGCUGGAAGCCCAGAGCUGCUAGAGUUCUUAGGCACCAGAUCCCCAGGGGCUACAGACCUUACCAGCAGAGAUGUCUCUGUCCUGGAUACACACAACCAGGCCCAGGAAGACGGGGAGGCUUUCGACUUCUUUGAGCAGCAGGACCGAGCAGAGCCUGAGGCUCUGCCCAUCACAGGCCAGAAGGGCGAGGAUGCAGGAAAAUCCUCCGAGGAAGAAGAGGAGGAGGCACUGGAUCCCCUGGGCAUCAUGCGCUCUAAGAAGUCCAAGAAACGCCCUGAAGUGGCUGUGAAGCCCAAACCCUCACCCCGACUCACCAUUUUUGAUGAGGAGGUGGACCCUGAUGAGGGGCUCUUCAGCCCAAGCUCGAAGCUCUCCACCCAGCGCCCCGCAGAGGACGUGCCCCUCCAGGACCCCCUGAAGUUGUUCGAAGACCCUGACCUCGGCGGUGCUGUCCCUCUGGGUGACCCCUUGCUGCUGUCUGCCGCCCGUGAGAGUGGAGGGACCGUGUCCCACGCGGAGCUGUUCAGAGUUGAAGAGGACUUGGACCAGAUUCUGAACCUGGGAGCUGAACCCACAGCCAAGCCCCAGCCUAAGCCCAAGCCGCCAGUGGCAGCUAAGCCAGCGCUUCCCCGAAAGCCAGCCGUGCCCCCCACAGCGGGCCCGCCAGAGGCUGUGGCGGGGCCGCGGAAGCAGCAGCAGCAGAUUCAAGCCAUGGACGAAAUGGACAUCCUCCAGUACAUCCGGGACCACGAUGCGCCCAGCCAGGCCACCCCCAGCCUCUUCUGACCCUCGCACCCCUGGACCGGCCCUGGGCUGGCAGAGCCUCUCCCCAAAGAGAUGUGCACCGAGGGAGGCACCAUGCGCCACGGGGCCAGGACCUCUGCUCCCAGGGGAGUGGGUAGACGCCCAGGUCAUAGGACCCUGUACCACCUUGGUAUUUUGUUUUGUUUUGUUUGCCUGUGGGGUCAGAGAACCCUGCAGGGCACAGACAGAGGAGUCCCCACAGGAACUGGGGUCAGAUUGUCUCAGCCAUGUGGGUGUGGAGGGGAGAGCGUCUGGGGUGCCUUGCUAACCAGGAGCUUAGCCCCUUGGAUGAAGCUGAGGCCACAGGGGCCCCAGGGUGCCUUACUCAGGGCAGGGAAACUUUGUGUCCAUCCAUGCCUGCUGCAAGGUAGCGAGGGUCUGCCAGCUCGGGAGGAGGAGUGGAGUCCCUGGGCAGUAUGGCUCCUGGGGACCUGCAGGCUCCAAGAGGGUCCCCGGGGGACAGAUACGGAGUGGGUGCCUGGGAGAGCCUGGUUGGGUGGCAUGUUCCUGAGCAGCCUCUGGUCCCCAAGGGCUAAGCAGGGUGCUUUCCCAUGUGUCCAACUCGAGGGAGACAUGAGGCCCAGUGCCUGUCUCUUUCGGGUGUGGACGGCCUGACAAGCCCCUGGUCUUCCUCCCUCCUUCCCCAGGGAAUGCCUGGCCAGACCAUGGCUCUGUGGGUCUCUGGCCAUGGCCAGUGUCCACCUUUGCAGCUCUGAGCAGAGUGGUCCUGGCACCUUCCAGAACACUGCCUGGCCCGCAGCUGGGGCAUCCCUCCUACUCACGGUGGGCUUAGGCAUCAUACUCUUAGCUGCUGCUUCAAGCACUUUGUCCAGCGGUGGGUGCUGCCAGGCCUUCCCUGUCCCCCAGAUCUGGACGUGCUCACCGGCCUCUCGGCAGUGGGGACCACCUCUCCGGGGAGAAGGAGCCCUGUGCCAGAGCAGGGCCAGUGCCUUAGACUUGCCGCCCGCCCCCACACCCUGCACAGGGGGUGGGCAUGACGCAGUGCUCAGGAAAUUCAGUGAACCGUGUUUAAUAGAGCAAAGAGUAUCUUUUUAAAUAUAUUCUUCAUGUUCAGAACUAGUUUUUAUUGAGACACAGUUUUUAAUGAAAUGCAACCCCUGUUGUCCCUUGGCUUCUCCUGCUUAAUGAGACCCCAGAGGGGGUUUGGAGGUGGGACCCCAGAUGCUUUCCUGAUCGGGACCGCCAGCCAGCCCUGAGGGAGGCUCCAGACCAGGCUGGUUGUUUGCCAUCAUCAGUCUCCAGUGCCCUGCUCCUGCCCCACGUCCAGACCUGUGACCCUGUGGGGCACUCCCUCUGCUCUGUCCUGUGUCUAAUGCACCCCGGCACCUGCGGCAGCUGUCAGGUCUGAGGAGGCUGCCCUCCCCCAGCCUGGGCCAGAGGGACAGGAGGGAGGUAGGCAGUCAUGAGGUCUGAGGGCUGCAUACCUUCUCCUCUGCCUUCCCCGGUCUCCCAGGUCGUUGUCCCCGGGGCACCGGCUGCCAGCUGCUGGCUGCAGGGCUCCUUGUGCCUGCCAUCCACUUCCCUUUCACUGCCAGGCCUCGUGCCCCCACCCUGCAAGGCCUCAGAAGGAGCGCGUGCUGAGGGGAGGGCUGUCUCUCUGCUUUCCCUCCUGUGCCAGCUCCCCACCCGCUGCCCCUACUCAGCAGCUAUGACACGGGCGGAGGGCACAGCCGGCAGGUGCCCAGAAGGGGUGGCGGAGGGAACCUACCGUUCUGGGGUGGGGUCACCCACUGCAGGCCAGCCUCCUCCCUAGAGGCCUAGUGCUGCCUAGACACCAGAGUGAAGACCGGCACAUCCCCCAAUAGUGGCGCUCGAGCCGCGGCUGGUUCUCCUCUGUGGGUCUGUGACCUGCUGGUGAAUUGAUGACGCCCGGUGAUCCAGUAAAGGUCACAUCAGUGACCCACUCCA